AUGGAGACCAGCGUGCAACGCCUGCUCCAGGAUAAAUUCUAUGAUAAGCGGAAGGCUGGAGCUUUAGAACUUGAAUCGGCCAUACGUGCUGCUCUUGCCGAGAAUAAUCAAGAUCGCAUCACCAAGAUUGUGUGGCAGCUUUGCCAUGAGUACGCCUAUGCGGUGCAUCAACCCCACGCUCGAAAUGGAGGUCUGAUUGGGCUGGCCGCUGCUGCAAUUGCUCUUGGAGCUGACGUAGCACGUCAUCUCAAAGAGAUAGUGCCGCCCGUUUUGGCCUGCUUCAGUGACCAAGAUGCCCGUGUGCGUUAUUAUGCAUGCGAGAGCAUGUACAACAUCGCAAAGGUGGCCAAGGGAGAAAUCCUCGUUUACUUCAACGACGUCUUCGAUGCGCUGUCCAAACUAGCGGCCGACACAGAGCUUUCCGUGAAAAACGGCGCGGAGCUGCUGGACCGUCUCGUCAAGGACAUCGUUUCUGAGUCUGCAGCAUCAUACGCAUCGGUCUUGGUACCUGACGCCCCACCAGCAGAGUCUCAAGACUUCUCUCUAGACCAGAGCAUGGUCAUCCCUCAUGCCUUUAGCUUACCACGGUUCAUACCCCUGUUGCAGGAAAGGAUCAACGUUACAAAUCCAUUCGCCCGGACAUUCCUCGUGUCUUGGAUUACUUUGCUUGAUCAGAUACCGGAUUUGGAGCUGGUAUCAUACUUGCCCAGCUUCCUUGGCGGACUGUUGAGGUUUCUCGGAGACACAAAUGAGGAUGUCCACACGACAACCAAGACCGCACUAGACAGGUUUCUUGUAGAGAUCAAGAAGAUUGCGGCGGUGAAGAAAGAGAUUGCGGAGAGCAGGAAAAGCCGCGACAACACUCCCAGGAAGCCCAGCGACAACUCAAGCUGGGCAGGGGAGAGCCAGCAUAGUCAAGAGGUUGACACCGACGCUGUGAUAGAUCGUGAAGGAAACGAUGACAUAGAGCAGGUAGCGACGGCACCGACAAUUGCAACGGGAGAAGAGGAUCCCGCCGACGGUGCAUCAUCUUUGACUGCCGCUGAGGAUGGCUACGCAGAAGCCGGCGUUGUGGACGACGAAUGGAUCCCAGGUCAAGACGCACAGAUUGACUAUCAGCGAAUCCUUGACAUUCUGGUCACAUUCCUCGCGGAGUCUCGCCAGGAAGAGAUCCAGGUCACCACGCUCAAGUGGAUCGAGACAUUCAUGGAGAUCUGCCCCGAAGACAUACUUUCCCUCACCCCAAAGCUACUCAACCAACUUCUCCCAGCGCUCUCGCAUGACAAGAACCAUGUGAGCCAAGCUGCAAACAGAGUGAAUCAGCUCUUGAUCAGUCAUAUCAUGGCACUACCCGAUGACCCUACCAGGUCCAAUGGAGGAACCACGGCCAUAGGAGGGGAAAUAGCUCAGAUCGCCUCUACGAACGCGCCGACAGGAUCGUCGCUUCGUCCGCCAAAGGAAGGAGUAAGUAACGACAAGCGUGAGAGCCUUGGGGUGUCCAAGUCGACGACGCGGAAGCCCCCAACUCCCGAGGAUUUGGAAGAUGGUGCCUCUCGACCUUCACAGGUCUCGACACCUGAGCCACCCAUCCCAAACGACGAUACCGGGGAUAUGACAGCUGAAAACGCUCUUCACGUGCCAGAUCUGGACUAUGAAGCUGCUGUUAGCGCUCUGACCCUGCAAUUUUUACACGAACAUGAGGCAACCCGCGUCGCAGCGUUGGCAUGGCUCAUAAUGCUGCACCGCAAAAGCCCGAGGAAGAUUUUGGCGAUUCAGGACGCCACAUUCCCAGCACUUCUCAAGACUUUGAGUGAUCCUGCGGAGGCGGUCGUGACUCGAGAUCUACUUCUGCUUUCACAGAUCAGUAAAAGCAGCGAUGAUAGCUAUUUCACGUCAUUCAUGGUUAACUUGCUCAAGCUGUUCUGCACCGACAGAAGAUUGCUCGAGACAAGGGGCAACCUUAUUAUUCGCCAGUUGUGCUUGUCCUUGUCGGCAGAGAGGAUCUACCGCACUAUGGCGGACUGUCUUGAGCGUGAAGAGGACGAUGUGGAGUUUGCGAGCAUCAUGGUUCAAAAUUUGAACAACAACCUGAUUACUGCACCUGAGCUGGCAGAUCUCCGAAAACGGCUGAGAAAUCUGGACAGUAGAGAUGGACAGACCUUCUUCACGGUUCUGUUCAAGGCGUGGUGUGUCAACUCAGUCGCGACCUUCUCUCUCUGCUUGUUGGCACAAGCGUACGAACAAGCCUACAAUCUCUUGCAGAUCUUCUGCGAGAUUGAAAUGACCGUAAACAUGCUUAUUCAAAUCGACAAGCUUGUGCAACUACUAGAGAGCCCGGUCUUCACAUAYCUCAGAAUGCAGCUGCUGGAGCCCGAGAGACACCCGAACUUAUACAAAUGCAUGUAUGGCCUCCUCAUGCUACUUCCACAGAGUAGCGCUUUUGCAGCGCUCAAGAACAGACUGAACAGCGUGAGCGCGAUUGGGUAUCUGCACAUUGGGACUCGCGGUGCGCCGCCUGCGACCCCCAGCUCCGUCAGCACGUUUGAGCGGCAGAACCGACUAAAAAGCCGAGAGGAAGGCGGUAUCAAGUGGACGGAACUGCUCGAGAAGUUUAGAGCCACACAGGAGAAGGUGAGGCGGGGUCAGCAACGGGCACUGAUAAAGUCUCACGGUCUCGAAGAUCCACAAAGCAGCCCGCCUGGUCCUGCCAGGAGGGAGGGCAGGACGUCUCUGGGUCUUGCUAAUCCAGCGUCAGCGAAUCUGGACAAACCAACGGGAAGAUACUCGCCCGCUGCGGGCGCUCAGAGAGGCAACCAACAAGGAUCUGCAGCUGGCGGAGUCGGGCACUCAAAGGGAAAAAGCAGUCUGGGCAAUUUAGGCAGAUUCACUGGGGGUGUUGCUCGGGGUGUCACAGGCGCGGGAAAGGGCAAGAAAUGA